UGCGACUAAGUGCAGUGGCUGCAUGGAGAAAAUCGCCCCCACAGAGUUUGUGAUGCGCGCCCUGGAGUGCGUCUACCACCUCAACUGCUUCUGCUGCUGCGUGUGCGACCGUCAGCUGCGGAAGGGCGACGAGUUUGUCCUGAAAGAGGGUCAGCUGCUGUGCAAGAUCGACUACGAGAGGGAGAAGGACUUACUCAGCUCGGUCAGCCCCGAUGACUCAGACUCAGAGAAAAGUGAUGAUGAGGAGUUGGACAUCAAGCCAGAGAAAGGGAUCGGAGGCCAGGGCAAGGGGGAUGAUGGGAAGGAUCCCAGGAGGCCCAAGAGACCACGAACCAUCCUGACCACUCAGCAGAGACGGGCCUUCAAGGCCUCCUUCGAGGUGUCCUCAAAGCCCUGCAGAAAGGUGAGGGAGACGCUGGCCGCAGAGACAGGACUCAGCGUUCGGGUGGUCCAGGUGUGGUUUCAGAACCAGAGAGCUAAGAUGAAGAAGUUGGCAAGAAGACAGCAGCAACAACAAGAACAACAGAAUUCUCAGAGACUUGGCCAAGAGGUGAUGUCCAAUCGGAUGGAGGGAAUGAUGAACUCCUUCACACCGCUGGCUCCGCCACAGCAGCAGCUGGUCGCCAUGGAUCAGAACGGCUACAGCACAGACCCCUUCCAACAGGGGCUCACCCCCCCACAGAUGCCCGGGGACCACAUGAACCCAUAUGGAAAUGACUCCGCAUUCCAUGACAUAGACAGCGACACGUCUUUAACCAGCCUCAGUGACUGCUUCAUGGCGUCGUCGGAAGUCAACUCCAUGCAGGCCCGCGUGGGGAACCCCAUCGACCGCCUCUACUCCAUGCAGAACUCUUAUUUUGCGUCAUGAAAGAGAGAAGCGAAGAAAUCGAAAAAAGAAAAGAAAACAUCAGCACAGAAUAAACUGCCCAUCUCAAUCUGAAGUGCGAUGGCCAGGAGUUUCUACACAAACACAGACACGACAGAAGAGACGCCUCCUCGCAGCAGCUCCUGGUUUUGUGCGGAAGCUUCCUGAAAAACCACUUGUUGUAGGACAGACCAACAGAUUCCUGGGGAAAACUUAAAUAUUGUUAGACAUGAUUUGGCCGGAUCCAUCACAGGAGAUGUGUUGCUCUUUUCUUUGUUCACUAAAGGAAAACAAGUAGAUAAUGAAGCCACUGAUUACACACUCUCAACCCAAAUAACAGUGAAUUUAUAAAGUGCAUGAUCAAUUGUAAACUUAAACUUUUUGCAAGCCCCCUCCUCCGGUUAAGAUGUGGUGAUGUCUGGACUGUUUCUUCUCUACGCAACAUGGAUUCCCAUGUUCACCGUUAGCAUUUUGAUCACUUUCAAUAGGUUUAGAUAUUGUGUUAAUAGUAAAUAGAUGCAGCAUGUCUGCAAGAGUGACUGUACAUUUGUGUAAGUAUGAGAGUCUGUGGUGAGAAAGAAUUGUUUAGAAGCGAGAAGGGAAAAAAAAGGAGGAUCAUUUGGUGGACAAAGUAGGAUCAGUGAAGUGUAAAUACUUUCCCCAGGCAAAUUGGAUGUGCAUGUUAAAAAUGGAAAGCAUUCUAUUUAUUUAACUAUAACAGGCUCUUGAAGGUACAUAUUAAAAACUGAAAAGCUUUAUUUAAAAAGGAGAGCAUUUUUUUUGUUGAGCAAUUAGUGAGUUCAUGAGUGUCACAACUCAUCUGUAUGCUUUUUAAUAUGAAGAUUAACCCUUUUUGUUUUUGUUUUCUUCAGCCAAGCUGUAAAUGAGCAAUGUUGCUAUUUAUUUCGUACAGACCAUAAAACCUUUGUUGUCAUUGUCAUAUGUGCAUUCUCAAAAAUGUUAAAAGUUGCUAAUUGACCAAAGUUGACUGGUUUGAUGAAUAAACAAUGUCUUUCUCCUGAUAACAUUAAAUAAAUGCCAUUCAGUGAUCA